AUGUCUUCAGCUCCCACUAACAUACCUUCAUAUCAUCUACCCCCUCCAAUCAAUCAGUUCCAUGAUGACUCCUCGUCGAACACUCAUUUACCUUCGACUCACCACGCGUUAUCCCCUCCAAAGACUAUAUGGCACACAGGUCGAAGGGCAAGCGAUACUGCCUAUACUACCGAACAAAGUCAUCGUAAAACCCAUCCCAACUCCAAGCCAAGUUCUCUUCCUCAUCCAUCUAAACUUUCUAGAAGAGGCUCAUCCCCUCAGAAAUCACCUCUACGCCGACUGUUCCAUCGAAAUAUCCUUCCAAUUUCACCAUCAACCACGUCAACUUUCAGUUCUGCCUCCACUACGAGGUCAUACGAAAUUUGUCUGUUCGACUAUGGCUCUCAUUCAGUGAUCCGCUUCGAACCUGUCAUCUCCUCUCCCCAAACACCCUCUCAUGUACUUUCGAACAGCAUGGAGGAAUCACCAAUUACGGGUUACGGAAUCGCAUGCAGCAAGAAGACUGAGAAGGAGGUGGUCUUAACCUGCAAAAACGAUAGGGGAGAGAACGUAGCUAAUUUGGAAACUUCUUUCAGAGGUACGUGGAUCGGGAUAAUGGGAGAGGAAGGGAAUGCAUGGUUAGAAGAGGGAGAUAAAGGUUCGGUGAGUCAGAAGCUACAUCUUGAUGGAGCAAUCUACCAAUGGGCCGAAACGACCGGAUUAUCAAUUCUAGUUGAUCUUGAGACUAGACGCAAAAUUGCGAAAUUGCAUUUCAACGUUCUUGCUCGAGAUAAAUUGGUGAUAUCAGAAGAAGGGUUGGACAAAUUACCUCUUAUCAUUGUAUCAGCUGCUAAAUUGUGGUCCGAGCACAAUAGUGAACGUGAUUUCCGUUUGAAAUGA